UUCCGGAACCAUAGAAUUAACAGUCUUCGGUCGUGGGGGGAAUGUAAUCGAAGAGAGCCGCCCCACGGCAUUCCGAGUUUUCAGACUAAAGGUGGGGUGGCGAUUCUAUUCCCAACCGCUUCCCGCGUUAGUGGGCCGUCUGCGAACCCCAGGCGAGCCUGCCUAGCCCUUCCGGCUCCUCAUGGUGGCCCGGUUCCGUCAGGGAGAGGCCGGAAGGCGCCGGGCGCCGGGGGACGUUUUAGGAGGUCGCACCUGACUCCUCUUCCGGUGUCUCCCGGCACUUUUCCCCCGGCGCACGUGGGUUCCCGAGAAGUUUUGUUCGGGCUCUCCCCGAGCUCGGGCGGCGGCGGCCCCGACGUCACCAUGCCAAAAGCACAGAAGGGGAAAAGUGCAGGACAACAGAAAAAAAUUAUCCAUCCUUAUAGUAGAAAAGCAGCUCAACUUAAUCGAGAAGCUCACAAACAAGAAAAAAAGGAAAAGUUGAAGAAUGAAAAGGCUUUGCGUCUAAACAUUAUAGGUGAGAAACUACAGUGGUUUCAAAGUCACCUUGAUCCUAACAAAAGAGAAUAUUCAAGAAAAGAUGCUUGUGAACUAAUAGAGAGUUAUUUACAUCGGUUCAACAGUGAACUGGAACAGAUUGAAUUACAGAACAGCAUCAAAGGCAGACAGGGAAGGAGGCAUUUUUCUCGAGAAACAGUCAUCAAACAGACAGUGGAACGUGAGCGGAAACUCUACGAAGGCUAUGGCAUGGAAAUUCCCGACAUUGUGAAUGCAAAACAUCUGAGAACUUUCAGGGAAUGGGAUGGUGAUCUGAAGAAGCUGCCAAAUAUUAAGAUGAGAAAAUUUUGUGCUAAUGAUGGAAUUUCCAACAAGGAUAAGAAGAAAGAUAUUGUGCCUACAGAGGUAGACUUGGGGGAAAUAGACAGCCAAAGCCAAGAUGAGUCAGAUGACACUGAUGAGGAAAUGCUUGAGGUGGCCUAAUUCCAAUUGAUCUGAUUGAACAAGAAAUAAUUACAUUAAAGUACUCUUAAACAUUACUGGUAAAUAUUCUGUUCUUACAGAUUUAUAGAAUCUCUCCUAUUUUGGCCUGUAAAGUAAUAUUUGUUGUGCUGUUUUAAAAGAAUAUGUUAGGUCAUAUUUGAAAAAGAAUGAUUAAUAUUUUAAAUUAGCAAAAAAAGAAAUGCAUCCUACUGACUCUUACUUGAAUGUAUCACGAUAAGGAAAAAGGAAUUGGCAUAUCAAUUCUCCACUUUUUUGUCGUAUAGAAUAUCAGAAGUAGAAAAGACCUCCAGGUUCUUUUGUCUCAUACUCUUACUAUUUUGGAAUGUCUUCUACAACGUCCCUUUAAUUGGUCACCGAUUCUCUUGCCAAAGAUCUCUAGUGAUUCAGUUGUUUUGAGAGUAAGCCUGAUCCAAAUAAGCUUAGCUUUCAUUGUUGAGGAAGUUUUUCCUUAUAUCAGGCUUCAUCUUCUACUCCCAUUACUUCUGAUUCUGUUACUGCCUUCUAGCUUAGCACAAUUCCUUUUUAUCAUGAUAGUUUCUAAAAAAUACUCUUGAAGUGAGGCUCUUUCUCACAUUUUUUGGUUAGGUGUAAAAACUUGUUUCCUUGAUGUGUUUAUGUGUGCUUUAGAAGCCCAGAGUAGCAUUUCACUAUAGUCAGGACAAACUGAACCCUUUCAUUACCCUCUCCUUUUAUUAGAAGUAAAAAGAAGUAUGCUGUGUAGCAAGAAAACAUUCAUCACUGACAUAUUAAUUUUGCUUUCACAACCAAAGAAAGUGGAAAAAUUAAUAAGAACCACUAGUGUCUUUUUAUAUUAAUUCCCCCUCUUGUUAAAUUAAUCUGUUUUAUAAGUGGGGCAUAAAUGAAUUAGGGUUGCGUUUUCUGGCUGGUGUGUGAUUUUUCCUGAUUUCCCAUCAUGAAGUAUGAUAGAUCUUUCCAUAGCAACAGCAGUCUUAAACGAUAGAAAGAAUAUAUAGAUAGGUAUUUUCUUCUAAGAGAUGGAAUAAAUUGACAGUAUGACUUCCUUCAGAAUUAAGAGAAAUAGAGAUAUUUGCUGGGAAAAUGAGGUUAUUCAGUGUUAUUACUUAGAAAUGUAUAUUCGUUUCAUUUGUAAUAUAAGUAAAUUGUUCAGGGAAAAAACAAGUUGAGAGAUUUCUUUUUGUCAAUGUUUAAAAUAUAUACAUCCCUUAUGAAGGCUAAAAAUAAAAUUUAUUUUUAUAUU